UGGCUUCAACAAUGCUGUAAGAUCAGAGGAGGCCACAGGACCCAGAUUUUCAGGGAGUCAAGCUACAAUGGCAGCCCAGUACCAUGGUGUGGGGUCUGUCCCAGGAAAGCCAAGGACCAGCUAUGGGUUUGGAAACCAAGACCAGGGAAAUUCCCAACUGAGAAUUGUCUUACUGGGAAAAACCGGAGCAGGCAAGAGCGCAACAGGGAACAGCAUCCUCGGAGAGAAAGCGUUUCAUUCUGGCAUUUGUCCGAAAUCCAUUACCAAGGUCUGUGAGAAAAGGGCGAGCACCUGGGAUGGGAGAGAGGUCGUUGUCGUGGAUACACCUGGUGUUUUUGACACUGAGGUACCAGAUGUUGACACAAGAAAAGAGAUAGCUAGGUGUGUUGCCCUGACCUCCCCAGGGCCUCAUGCUCUGCUCCUGGUGGUCCCAUUGGGGCGUUACUCUGUGGAAGACCAUAAGGCUACACAGAAGAUUCUGAACAUGUUUGGAAAGAAGGCUAGAAGAUUCAUGAUUCUCUUGCUCACCAGGAAGGAUGACUUGGAAGACACUGAUAUCCAGGAGUACUUAGAGACGGCUCCUGAAGUCAUUAAAGAGCUGAUCUAUAAGUUUGAGAAUCGCUACUGUUCGUUCAACAACAAAGCAUCUGGAGCUGAACAGAAGGACCAGAGGACACAGCUGUUGACCUUGGUCCAGCGGAUGGUGAUGGAAAAUGAUGGAAGAUGCUUUACCAACAAGAUGUACAAAAGUGCUGAGGAAGAGAUUCAGAAACAAACCCAGAAGAAGAAAGACCAUUACAGAGAGGAGUUCGAGAGAGAGCGAGAAAGGAUAAUACAUGAGUAUGAAGAACAGAUUCGAGAUCUGAGAGAUCAACUGGAGAGGGAAAGGAGAAAGGCUCAAAUGGAGAGGGAAUUCACCAGAACAGAGGCCUACUAUGCAGAGAGGCAGCAAAAUGCUAGGCGGGAAGUUGAGAACCAAAAUACGAUACUUGAAUUAAUCAUGAAAGCCUGGGAGAUUGCUCAAUUUGUCUUCAAUCAGUUUAUGCAAGAUGACUAGAGUAGUUCAUAAGACUAUACCUUAUCCCUAUUUUCUGCACACCCCCACAGCCCUCCCCUGCAGGACUCACUCCUCAAUGUCCAAAUGCUUUAGUUUCUAUCUUCCAGGAUUAAGGAAUGAACUAUAUAGGUUGCCUUUGACAGUUGGUAGAUGUUCAAUUGACUUUUCCAAAAACUGACCAAUCCUCAAUUUGUGAAACUCCAAAGCAGAAUGUAUGAAUGCUUGCCACCCCUGUGUUCUUCCUCAGAGAAAGCCACCCAGGAGCCCCUAGAAGAUGACUAUAAGAUGUACCUACUCUUCCUUCUCCAGAUUCUCAACAAUAGUCUUCACCUGCAGCUUCUAUACAUUGCUGCUCAUUUUCUGGACAACAGUCUUCUAUGUUUUUUUAGGAAAUUCAGUUCUUUGCAUGAGGUAAUCUUCAGACAGAAAUAGAUGGCUGAGUAGUUCUCAGUGAAUGUUGGUUUGUUUAAUUACAUGUUCGUAAAGAGCCUUUGAAGACAAGGCAAAUCUCCCAAGUCAAGUAGUCCAGAAUGAGCACAAAUUAGCAAUUUCACAGACAAUUUACAGUGUUUGGUAUGUUCGGGUACCUCUAGAAGUUCUCAUCAACCUUUUAACCGAUUUGAUGAAGUCAGCUCUCUCCUUGGGAAAUGAUCUCACUGCUCCACCCCACCCCCCCCCCCCACACCAUACCCCAAUACAUCUAGCUAGUUCCGCUUCUGCCCCACCCAGCUAAUUUACUUAUUAUUGUUACAAUAAACUUUUCAGCUGCUUCAUAA